AUGCCAUUACAACUCACAAAUCUACCGCGGGACUCUGAUGUUGUAUUCAAGAUUAUAAAAAAGUAUCCAUAUUAUGACAAAGUACAGAUAAUUACCAAAACCGAAGCAAACGAAACAACUCUUCCAAGAGCAUCGUUUCGGAAAUUGCAAACGUCCAAUCUAUUUCAAAUUUGUUUAUCCAAUUCAAAUGAAGAGACUUAUAUAUCAGCCGUACCGGAGGAUCAAUUGCAAACUGCAAAACACUUCCAGGAUAGGUUUAUUUUCCAAAAUGGAGAGGUUAAAAUGGUAUUAAAUCAAUCGUCAUUCCAAAAAUGCCCCAAUUUGCAAAGUCGAUAUAUUGGAUCUCGUUUAAGGAAAUUAAAAAAUGAAAAAUUGGGACACGGGGGGAAUUACCAUGCUCAAUAUAGAUACGAGAUUACAACAGAUUUAGGUCCCCCUGAACUAAAGUAUAUCUUAGAUACUUUGUUUUCCAAAGUAGAGGCUUCUAUAUAUUCAACCAACACCAAUCUUCCAGAAGGUGAAUGGAUAGAUGUGCCACAAAACAUAACAAAAGCGCUGAUCCCCAAUUGCAACGAGCUAGAUGAACUUGAAAGGUACGAAGCAUUGACAAUGUUUGCCAAUUUUGACGCAAAACAAAUUCUCAAUGCCAAUGAGUUCAAAUUAGACUAUUACACAAGAUACACAUUAGAAAACGUAAUCUCAUCAGCUCUACUCAAUACAAAGUGGUGUCUACUUAGUCUGAGAAAUGAUUCUACUCAUAUUCUUCUUGAGAACCGUGAGGAUUCAGUAAAUGUUUUUGAAGUUUUAUAA